AAUCCGUUAGUAGUAGGUUUAGUGAAAACCGACACAAACCAACCACCAUUGUUAAUUAAAAAAAGAAUGAUGAAACUUGAUAUUUUUAACGGUUGUGAUUCGCUCGACUCCUUCUGUUAAGACAAGUAACAAGAUUCUUCUCCAACCAAUUAGAAGUUGCAGCGCCGUUAUUCUAAUCCGUUUCACUGUUACCAGUCACCACCAAUUGCCUAAACGACGUCGUUGGAUUCAAUAACAUCCGAAGCAUUGCAAUGCCAUUUCGAUUUCGAGGUUGCUUUGCAAUCCCCCGUGGCUGGUCGCUGCAACACCAAUUCCCUCACUCUUCCUCCAUUCCCCUCAAUUUCUCUUCUUUGCCACACGCUUCUUCUUCUCCUCACUCCCUCCUCCUCCACAAUUUUUUGCCAUGGUUGGAGAACAAAGCCUCUUCCACCAUUUCUUCUUCGCUUUCCAUUGCCAAUUCUUCAUAUGGAAAAUCCUUGUUUGCUUCUAAGACUAUUCAAACUGGCGAUUGUAUUUUACAGGUUCCUUACACUGUGCACAUAACUGCAGAUAAUCUCCCUCCUGAAAUCAGAUAUUUGAUCGGUGAAGAUGUUGGAAAUAUUGCAAAACUUGCUAUUGUUCUUCUCAUUCACAAGAAAUUGGGUCAGGGCUCUGAAUGGUAUCCUUAUAUCAGCUGUCUUCCCCUGCAAGAUGAGAUGCAUAAUACGAUAUUUUGGAAUGAAAGUGAGUUAGAGAUGAUUCGUCAAAGUUCCGUUUAUCAAGAAACUAUUUACCAAAAGUUUCAAAUUGAAAAGGACUUUUUAGCACUCAGGCCAGUUUUUGAAUCAUUUUGUCAAAGUUUAGGAGAUUUUACUUGCAAGGACUUCAUGCAUGCAUGCACACUAGUUGGCUCUAGAGCAUGGGGAAGCACAAACGGUUUAUCUCUGAUUCCAUUUGCAGAUUUCUUAAAUCAUGAUGGGAUUUCAGAAGCAAUUGUAAUGAGUGACGAUGACAAUCAAUGCUCAGAAGUUAUCGCCGAUCGUGAUUAUGUUCCUGGUGAACAGGUACUUAUAAGAUAUGGAAAGUUUUCAAAUGCUACAUUAAUGCUGGAUUUUGGUUUUACAAUUCCAUACAACAUUUAUGAUCAGGUUCAGAUCCAAUUUGAUAUACCUAAGCAUGAUCCUCUGCGUGACAUGAAAUUGGAACUCUUGCAGCGAUACUUUGCGCCUCCAACCAAAGAUGUGAAGGGCUUGAAGUGUUCUGUGAAUUCCUUCACAAUCAAUUCUUCCGGCAAACUAUUUGACAUGAAUUGGUUCUCCAUUCUCUUUUUAAUCAAUAUUGGGGAGGUGAAAUCUGCUAGAGGAAAAGGGAAGGGUGUGCCUCAAUCACUUCGUGCACUUGCUCGUGUUCUUUCUUGUACCACGUCUCAGGCAGAGCUUUACCAUUUGGUCGUGGAGGCUGCGCAAACUGAUGGUAGGCUGGCUAGGUGCCCUUUACAGCAUACAGAUAAUGAGAUACAAGCACACAAGAUGUUGUCUUCAUUAUUCAUCCAAUUAAUCGAGGAGCGCAAUGCAACUAUUAUGUCAUUAGAUUCUUGCGAUUCUUCAUCCUUGUAUGAAAGUCUUCCUGUUAGAAGACAAAUGGCUCGAGAUCUCCUACACGGUGAGCUACGCAUUCUCAAAUCUGCUUCUACCUGGUUGGAGAACUACUGUUUUUCCUUGACUUGAUGGUCAGUGAAUGGCUACAGCCAGAGGAGGAAGAAGUACGCCGUAAUCAACACAAAUGGAAGACGAUAUUGAGGUUCCCUGGGAAUUCUUAUAUUUUUUGGGAUGUUCCAUGAUGUAAUCUAACAUUAUUCUGUGUAGUUCAAUGUUACACGUUUUCUCUAGUUCAUGCAAAGAUGUUUUACCCCCCAUAUGAUGUCUUAAUCUGAGCAUCUACUCUCACUCGCAAAAUAUGUAUUCUAUAAUUAUAAAUUUUGUACAUCUUCGAUGCAUCGUUUCCCUUUUAAGCCUUUAAGGCCUAGAAGAUCCACUAUUUCUUACAA